AUGCCUGCCCCAGCUGCUCCAGAGCAAGCUCAAGAUGAAGCGCAGCCAAACGCAACAAUGGAAACUCGAGUUGCAGGACAAGGGCAACCCAAAAGGGUUGGCCGAUGGACACUGGCUCAGUUGCGCCAAACCGAUGGUAUUAUUCCAUCUCAAGCUGGGUGGAACAAAGGUGACUCACAAAAGUUAAUGACCAAUUUCGGCACACCACGAAAUACUCAAACUAGAGUGAAGUCCGAAAACCUUGCGGAAAUACCGGAGGAAAUUCUGAUGAGAACUCACGGUGAGGUUCGCUUGCAAUCUGGUACGAACAAAUUCGAUUCACAACGAGGUAUGACUGGUUUCGGCACCGGUCGUGAUGUUUGUCGAGAAGGUGUUCAUGUCAAUCAAGCACCCUCAGAUCUGCAGCCGCUUGAAGAAGAAAAGAUCCGUCUCAGCGAUGGUAUUGUACGUUUGCAAGCCGGUACUAACAAAUAUGAUUCACAAAAAGGUAUGACAGGUUUUGGUACAGCUAGACGUGAAACAACAAAAAUGAAAGACUCAAGACAUCCUGAAUACGACCACGAACAUCCUGAUCAAUCUGAAAUUCCACUUCAGGCUGGUACUAACAAAUUUGCUUCGCAGAAGGGAAUGACCGGAUUUGGCACAUCACGACGUGAAACAACAAAAAUUCGAGAUUCUGCUCAUCCUGAAUACGAUCCGGAGAGUAGCAUUGAUUCCUCGACAAUCCCUAGCCAGAUGGGCAGUAACAAAUAUGCUUCUCAAAAGGGUAUGACUGGUUUCGGGCAACCACGUUGGGAGGUCUUGGAUCCGUCAAUCUCAUGGCAGAAUCGCAAAAGUCAAGGAAUGGUUCGUUUACAGUCGGGUACUAAUCGAUUUGCAUCACAACAAGGUAUGACCGGUUUCGGUACACCACGUAAUACGACUUAUGAAGCAGAAGCUGGUGAAUUGCCUUAUGAGGAUAUGAAGAAGUCAGAAACAGUAAUUCCAUCGCAAGCUGGUUGGAACAGAGGCGAUUCUCAGAAGGGUAUGACUGGAUUUGGUGCACCACGUGACGUAAAAGGCAAACAUUUGAAGCGUAUCUGGGAAUUGGAAUAUCCGGAAGAAGCAGAAGCUUCACUUGAUCGACUUUAG